GCGGCGCCGAGGGGAGAGAGGCGAGGCCGGGCCGGGCCCUGCCCCAGGGUAGCGAAGGCGCGGUAACAGAUUUAACCGCCCGCCCGCCAGCAGUGCCAGCCCCCUGACUCCCCACCCGCCUUUCCAGGCGCAGCCGCGAGCAGAGGGCGGGCGCCAGCAGCAGCGGGCAGGCCGGGCCGGGCCGCCGGCUCCUCAGUGCGCGAACGGUUGGCGGCGCGGAGGCCGGCGGAGCAGCUGAGGCAGCAGCAGAAGCGGCAGCUCGGGAGCCCGCCCGCGACAGCCGCCGCUCCACACGCCGACAGGCCGCCGAGCCGCCUUCCUUCGCUUCGCUCCCUCUCCACCGCCGGCUUCUGCUCGGGCCGCCGCGCUCCGGCGAUGGCGGUGCUGGCUCUGGCCCUGGCGGGACUCGCCAUCUUCGGGUUCAUCCUCUUCGUCGUUCUGUGGCUCAUGCACUUCAUGUCCAUCAUUUACACACGGCUCCACCUCAAUAAGAAAGUCACAGACAAGCAGCCAUAUAGCAAGCUUCCUGGUGUUUCACUUCUAAAGCCAUUAAAAGGUGUGGAUCCUAACCUGAUCAACAACUUAGAAACCUUCUUUGAACUGGAUUAUCCCAAAUAUGAAGUACUACUCUGUGUACAAGAUCAUGAUGAUCCAGCUAUUGAUGUGUGCAAAAAGCUCCUUGGCAAAUACCCGAAUGUUGAUGCUAGACUAUUCAUAGGUGGCAAGAAAGUUGGCAUCAACCCCAAGAUUAACAACUUAAUGCCUGGCUAUGAAGUUGCCAAAUAUGAUCUCAUAUGGAUUUGUGAUAGCGGAAUUAGAGUGACGCCGGACACACUGACAGAUAUGGCCAACCAAAUGACUGAAAAAGUAGGCUUGGUCCAUGGCCUUCCGUAUGUGGCAGACAGACAGGGCUUUGCUGCUACCCUCGAACAGGUUUAUUUUGGAACUUCACAUCCAAGGUCAUAUAUUUCAGCCAACUUAACUGGCUUUAAGUGUGUAACAGGUAUGUCGUGCUUGAUGAGGAAGGAUGUCUUGGACCAAGCUGGAGGACUGAUAGCUUUUGCACAAUAUAUUGCUGAAGAUUACUUUAUGGCCAAAGCUAUAGCUGACCGGGGCUGGAAAUUUGCGAUGGCCACACAAGUUGCAAUGCAAAACUCUGGUUCAUAUUCGAUUUCUCAGUUUCAGUCCAGAAUGAUCAGGUGGGCCAAACUGCGAAUUAAUAUGUUGCCUGCCACCAUAAUUUGUGAGCCAAUCUCAGAGUGCUUUGUUGCCAGUCUAGUUAUUGGAUGGGCAGCUCAUCAUGUGUUUAGAUGGGAUAUAAUGGUAUUUUUCAUGUGUCACUGCUUGGCGUGGUUUAUAUUUGACUACAUUCAACUAAAAGGUGUUCAGGGUGGUGCUCUGUGUUUUUCAAAACUUGAUUAUGCAGUAGCUUGGUUCAUCAGAGAAUCCAUGACAAUUUAUAUUUUCCUGUCCGCUUUGUGGGACCCCACUAUUAGCUGGAGGACAGGACGCUACAGAUUACGUUGUGGAGGCACUGCAGAAGAAAUCCUUGACGUAUAGCCUCAGCUUUGUAACUGUGAAUGUCAAAAAGAGAAGGGGGAGAAGAAAAGUACUAUAAAUUGUUUAUAUAAAUACUUAAAAGAAGAUCUACCUUCAGUAGUUUUAUUACUUGUAUGUUUUGGUAUCUGUUCUUUAAUUUAUUUUUGCAUGGCACUUGCAUCUGUGAAAAUACAUCUGUAGUCUUGGCCAAAUGGUACCUUGCUCCUAUGUACAAAUAGAAAUGGAGAGAAUUGGUCCUGACAUCUACAGGGUGUUUCAAAAAGAUGGACCCAAUUUCAAAUAUACUGAUUUCAAAUUGAGUCCAUCUUUUUGAAACACCAUGUACUUUCUGUAGGAAUACUCUGCAGUAAACUCUUCAAAAAAGUAUCCUCCUGGAUAUGAACAGCUUCUUACUCCAUGGUAUGCUAGCCUAGCAAAUCCAGGGUUCAUAUAGCUAUUUUGUGUCUGGAUUGUGCAAGGCUGUACCUAGUAAAGUCACAGAAGUACAGCUGAACUCUGUUUCAUCCCACUAAAUUGAGCUAGUCACAGGACCUUGGGAAAGAAGCUCUUAAAUGCUUUAUGCCUACCUCUUGUAGUUGCUGCAGAACAAAAUGAAUGGAAAGGUGAAAAUGCUUUGCAAAAACAAACUAAAGUAAAGCUGAAGUCUUGUGGUUAUCUAAUGUAUAUAUGAAAUACUGUAGUCAUUGCAAUGAACCAAAAGUGGACUGAGUUUGAUAGAAUGAGUUGGAAGAAAUUACUGGUCAGGCAUGUGUUGAGGGCAUCUUUUGGCCAACUCUGAUCUGGUUCUGUCUUGAACCUUGUUAAGCACUGUGCUGUAACUAGCCAAGCUGGUCCCCUUCAAUAUUUCCAUCCUUUUUUAAGGGGUGUUUGUUUUCCCCUGUGAGUGAAUGCUUUGAUGGGGGGAGGGGGGAUGUGGUUGUGUGGGGGACGUAGUAGGGGGUAGAAGGGAGCAGAAACACAUUUUGGGAACAUUUCACACAUGAGCUAUUUUCUUACACAAUGUCUUAAGAAUGUAAUUUCAUGAUGCAGGUAUUUAAUAUCUUUUUAAAGUAAACAUACAUACCUAUACUAGUCAUAAUUACGUAUUCAAUUGCAGUAGAUAUUGUGAUUAUAUUAAAGGGCCAGGUGAGUUUGCUGUUACUAUUAAAACUGUAAUCUUAAUUUAAAUGUCAAACUAAGUCUACUCUUGGCUUUUGCCUCUACCAUUAGUCGAGCCUUUAAAUUGGACUUUUGUAUUCCACUGGUAUGACUAAAAGGACUAGAUUAUAAUGCAUGCUGUGUUUUUCCCCUCUCUGCUCCCUGUAGCUUGGUUGCCAACCUCAUUGUGAGACUUCCUAACUUGUGGUGAACUGGACUCGUUUUCUUUGAACAGUUUUAUUUAAAAAAACACAGCAAAGCUCGAGAGGGAUGUUGCAUAAGGCUUUUGUUGUUAUAACUGUAUUUAUGCUGCUUUACUUUUCUUCAUAUGGAAUGGCAUAUUGUUACUAGGAAUGCGAGCUGCGAAUUACAAGGCUAAUGCCAACAAAGCAGCUUUAAAAGUUGGAUGAUAACGUGUAGCACAUUAGCAAUAAUGACAUGUAUUUAUAAAAACAGACAUUUUUACCCUACUGAGCCAAUCCCUUACGUGUCAUAUGCUACACGGGUAUAAUGUGUAUGUAUGUGUCAUAAAACAUACUCUGGGCCAAAAUGGUUCAUCCAUGUUUAUCUCUUUGCCUUAUGAUACCAUGGAACAGUUUCAAUGGGCAUUUAUGUAUGAACAAAGGCUUUUGCUGCAUGCUUCAUUCUUUUCAUGUGAAUCAGGAAGAAGCACUUUUCCUGAGGAAGGUUGCACACUGAAAACUAGUCUAGUUGUGACCCACAAAAACAUUCUGGUUUUGAUACUGAAUUUUGCUGAUGUUUGUAUCUUUGUUUGUUUUAUGAAGUUUGCUAUUCAUUGCACUGCUAAAGUGAAGCUUAGCUUGCAACUUAGCUGUAUGCUGAUUUCUAUGCAGGCAAUGGAACAGAACCAAAAAAAAAAAAAAAAAGAAAAAAGGAAAGAAAAAAACUGAACAAACUUCAUUUGAAAAAAAAUAGAUGGGGAUAAUUGUUUAAGAGGUGCUUUUGUAUUAGUAGAACCAUCUUUGGUCACGAAAAAUAAAGCUUCACUUAAGCAAAUAAUUUCAUUUGGGUAUUGUUCAGUUGAUGAUGAGAUGGAAACCAACACUGUCAAAUGUAGAAGAUGCUGCAGCAGAACUUCUAAAAGUUAAAAGUGGCUAAUGUAAAGUUGUGUUGAUCUACAGAUGUGUAGAAUAUACCAUGUUUAUUUAAAAUCAUUGUCUUGUUUUUUCUUGUGUUUAGAAAUAAAUUUAGAAUACAAUCUGUUUGGAAUACAGGUUUUUUUUGCCCUUUGUUCAAUGCUUUAACAUGACAGCUUUAAGUAUUUAUAGAGUGUUAAUAGAUUUGAUUUCUAGUUAAUCUUAACAGCAAUAAAUGGAUGUGGCUUUCUUUUGAGUUUUUUUUAAA